GAGUGUGUGGCUGCUGUGGGCCGCUGAGGCCGAGGUACAAACGCCUGGUGGACAACAUCUUCCCUGAGGACCCCAAAGAUGGCCUCAGUAAAUCUGACAUGGAGAAACUCACCUUCUACGCCGUCUCUGCUCCGGAGAAGUUGGACCGGAUCGGAGCGUACCUCGCCGAGAAGCUGAGCCGAGACGUGGUGCGACACCGAUACGGGAACGUGGUGAUCGCCAUGGAGGCUCUGGACCAGCUGCUGAUGGCCUGCCACUCUCAGAGCAUCAAACCCUUCGUGGAGAGUUUCCUGCACAUGGUGGCCAAACUGCUGGAGUCCAGAGAGCCGGACCUGCAGGUGCUGGGGACAAACUCGUUUGUGAAGUUUGCCAACAUCGAGGAGGACACGCCGUCGUACCACCGUCGCUACGACUUCUUCGUGUCCCAGUUCAGCGCCAUGUGCCACUCCACUCACGAAGACACUGAGACCAGAACCAGGAUCCGUAUUGCAGGGAUUAAGGGUCUGCAGGGCGUUGUGAGGAAGACGGUGAACGACGAGCUGCAGGCCAUCAUCUGGGAGCCUCAGCAUAUGGACAAACUGAUCCCCUCCAUGCUGUUCAACAUGCAGGACAGCGACGACCUGGACAGGGCGGGGCACCCCGGCACCCCCUCGGUGGGUCAGGAGGGAGAGGAGAACCCCUCAGCGCUGGCAGAGAGCUGCUUCAGAGAGCUGCUGGGACGAGCUGCGUACGGAAACAUGAACAACGCCGUCAGACCCGUCUUAGUCCACCUGGAUAACCACCACCUGUGGGACCCCAAUGAGUUCGCUGUGUCCUGCUUCAGAAUCAUCAUGUACUCCAUCCAGGCUCAGCACUCGCACCACGUGAUCCAGCAGGUUCUGAACCACCUGGACACCAACAACAAGAACACGCCGCGGGUCAGAGCCGGCAUCGUGCAGGUUCUGCUGGAGACCGUGGCCAUCGCCGCUAAAGGAUCUGUGGGCCCCACGGUGCUGGAGGUGUUCAACACUCUGCUGAAACACCUGAGGAUGAGCGUGGACUUUGAGACAGGAGAAGGUUUGAGGAGGAACUCGAGCAGCAGCGUUUCCUCCGGACGCAGCAAAGAGAGCGAGGAGAGGAUCGUGCAGAACGCCAUCAUCCAGACCAUCGGCUUCUUCGGGGGAAACCUGCCCGACUACCAGCGAGCUGAAGUCAUGAUGUUCAUUAUGGGGAAAGUGCCCGUCUACGGGACCCCCUGCCACACUUUGGACACCGUGAAGAUAGGGCAUCAGGGAACCAAGAGGAUCCAGACCAUGCUGCUCAGCUCCCUCAUCAUGGUGACCUCCUCCUUCAAGUCCAAGUCGAUGGCGGCGGCUCUGUCCCCCCCCUUCCUCGACCCUCUGUUCUCCAUCUCUCUGAUGGAGGACGGAGAGCUGCGUCAGCUGGUUCUGGAGAUCCUGCACAACGUCAUCGAUCGCCACGACAACCGCGCCAAGCUACGCGGCAUCAGAAUCAUUCCUAACGUUGCAGCGCUGAAGAUCAAGAGGGAGAAGAUCUCCAAGCAAGACGUUGCAUUCAUGAAGAAGCACGGGCAGCAGCUUUACCGCCACAUCUUCCUCGGCUGUAAGGAGGAAGAUAACGGUCAUAAAAACUUUGAGCUGCUCUUCACCACGCUCGCUGUCCUCACCAUCGAACUGGCCAACGAGGAGGUGGUGAUCGACCUCAUCCGCCUCUCCAUCGCUCUGCAGGAUAUGGCUCUGACUAACGAGGAGAACCUCCCGAUGUUGACCCGCUGUGCCGUCCUGGGUCUGGUGGCAGCGUACCUGAACUUCCUGAGUCAGAUGAUCGCUAACCCGCCAUUCUGCCAGCACGUCAGCAAGGUGAUUGAGCUGAGGACCUUGGAUGCUCCGUUCCUCCUGCCAGAGCACGUCUUCAAAGACAAGUGUCCCCUCCCUGAGUCUCUGGAUAAAGAGGACAGACUUCUCUACUUCCAGACCGUCGAUAUGAGCGAGUGUUUAGCCGGACCGGGGUACAACGCUGAGAGACUUUCCAUCCCCUAUGUUCCCCAGGUCACAGAUAAAGACCGGAUGACGAGGAGGAAGAGCUACGUGGACACCAUCUCUCUGCAGGUGGACAUCAUCUCCAACAUCCUGCCUGACAAGUCCCAGCUGGCCGAGGAGAUCACGUUCGAGACGCUGAAGAAAGCCAUCGACACGACGGGGGUGGAGGAGCAGGAGCGGGAGAAGAGGCGUCAGCUGAUGGAAAAGUUCCAGAAAGCUCCGUUUGAAGAGAUCGCCGCUCACUGCGAGUCCAAGGCGAACUUGUUGCACGACCGUCUGGCUCAGAUCUUCGAACUAACCAUCAGACCCCCCCCCAGCCCUUCAGGGGUCGUCUCCAUUUCCUCCGGACACAAUCAGUCCGUCCCCGUCUACGAGAUGAAGUUCCCCGACCUGUGUGUGUACUGAUCACACACACACACACACACACACACACACACACACACACACACACACACACACACACACACAGUGAUAUAUCAGCAAACUGCUAGGAAGAACUACACACUCUGCACUGUCGUUUCCUCAGACCAGCACAGUGUCGCACAAAAUGCAGAAAAAAACUUUAAUCUGAAAAUCCAAACAAAGCUCAGUUUAUAACCUCCAGUUAGUUCAACAGCCUUUUAAUUGAAAACGGUACAAAAAAUAACACAAUUCUGUUAAAAUCUACUUUAAAAACUUGGAUUUUCUGAUUGCUGAUUUUCUGCAUUUUGUUGCCUGAAGCUAAACUAAUAAUAAGAGUCACGAAGAACAAACUAAAGCCACCAUCUUCCACUCCUUAGUGUUUAGAUGCUGACACAUGCCACUAUCAAAGGCUUCCCACCUUGUACAUACGCUGUAGGGUAAAUCAAUCGCUCGCUACACGGAUAGAACCACUUUAAAGCUUAAACACGUGCGUCUAGUGUUAGCUGUGAUGCUAACUCAGAGCCAGCUUCUGUUCUCAUGUCUCUCAAAUAAAGCUAAAUGUUAAAUAUAUCAGUUAUCAGAACUGAAUGAACGUGUGCUAGAAGGUAGAUUAGAUCUUAAGCUCUUAAAGGUAACCCAAGCACCUGAAACGGGCUUCAAGACGCAGCUAAGUUUCACGAGAGGAAACUGAAAUCGAGAGCAAUACUAAAGACGUGGUGAGAAAGUGUUCAGGACAGACGGCUCGCUCAUAGUUGGUGAUUUCCCUCGUUCUGUAGUGUUGUAGGUUUUAGUGCAUGUCAAUGGUCUGAAAGGGCAAACUAAAGGUCUGGAAAAUAUCACUUUGGAACCCUUGCGCUCCUAUUGGCUAGCGCUUCAACACAUUGUACUUGAUAGGCUAAGGGGCGGGACAUCUAUAAGUGGUUGACCAAUCACAACAGAGCGAAACAAUUAUGAAAAAGGUGCAGAAAGAAAAAAAAUCCUGUUGAUUUUUCUUUCAAACUUUGAUCCUAAAUCCACCGAAAGAUGAUUUUUAGGUGACGGAAAGUUACAUUCGGGUCCUGUUGCACGUUUAGUACAUAAUGAAAUAGUGAAAGAUGGAAAGUGAGUGAAGGAGACGAGGAAGAGGCCGUUUGUGUCGGGAUGUUUGUGAUUUGAUCGAGUACGUUUCAGAUGGUUUGGGAAGUUAAAGGAUGUGGAAUCACCAACAUGAGCUGAAGCGUUUGAUCUCUAACAGGAAGUCAGUCUUCUUCAGGAUCAGCUUGAGAGUCUGUUUCCACCUGGUGUGAAAUCAUCUGUAUCUGUACGCCUCACCCCGAUCAGGAGCAAUACAUGUGACUGCUGCAGAGCACACUUUGCAGUCCCAGCUGUUUGACCACUGCCAUGCUUUUCCAUCAUGAAACUCUUCUGGCUUCACAACAUGAGCUGGACUAAUAUGCACGUCUGAGGCUCCUAAAUGUUGAUGAUGCAUGAUGGGAAAGUGUGCAUCGUGCAAGCUGAUUGGCUCUUUAAUAUGGGGGUAACAGAAAACAACAACAAGAACCUUUUCAAUUGACACAAGAAGAUUUGACAGCUUUUACAAGUAACAUUUUACAGUUCAUCUCAAAUGAAGUGUUCCAUGUAGUGUCAGCGAAGUCCUCAGUCAGGCAGACAGCAGGCCUUCGUUUCAGAGCCAUUAACGUCGCUAAAAAGCCUAAAUAAUCUUGUUGAAAACGUGUGGAAAUCAAACUACAAUCCCAUAUUAUUUACAGACUUGCUUCGUCCGACACAUGAUAGAUACACAUUAUAAUUAUUGCUACAAUUAAUGUGAGAAACCCACUUCUUCGCAGAGUCAAAGUCCAGUAACAGUGUGUGAACAUCCAUGGGGUCUUUUGCCAAAACUGUAAAGAAAUAAAGGCAAAAAUACCAGGAAAUAAGGCCUUUAAAAGUCAUUUAACAUCCAAUGUGGUCCAUUUAGAAGUCAGAGAAGGAGUCCCUUUGGAGCUGGAGUUCAAAUGAAUAAAAGCACGACAGUUAAAAGUUGGGUUUCAUAGUUACAUCUCAAAUUAGAUCUGGUCCGAUAGUCGUCACAUGACCCUUAUCUUAACUCUUCACCUAAAUGCAGCGUGGAGAUCAUGUUUCAGCUUUUAAAGGUUGAGUUUAUCGCUUAAAAAGCAAUGCAUUUUGAUGCUUUUGCUUUAAAAACGAGUGUUUCUGACUCUCCUGAUCAGCGGGGUGUAGUUGCAUUAAAGAGCAGGAUUAUCGUAGGACAGACGCCUCUAAAAGAUGAUUUUCACACUUAAUUUCUAACCAAAUUUGGUCGGUUUCCAAGCAAUAAAGUAGUCCCUCUUUGGCUGAUUUGAAAAUGGAUGUUUGUGGUCGGAUUGUGCUUCAGAUACAGAUGUGUGUUUAAAACCAGGUUCAAACAGUCUUUGUUCUGCAGACGAAGCUAAAUAAACGUAUGAGUGGUUUGAAGUGAGUUUACCUGCAGAGUCCUCCAACAGAGUCCUCCAACGUGAGAAAGCGCGGAGGCGGAGCUAUGAGCCUCAAAUAAGUGAAGAAAGCCUUUUGUAUUCCCCGUGUAUAAAGCCCGUCCUCCACGACGCAUCAAAGUGAUUCUAUCUUUUAGAAAUCCACGCUGCUUACCGUCACAGCACUACGUUAAAAACAUGCAUCAUGUGAACCAGCUAACAUAUCACGCUAACUUUCAAAUCCGACUUUUCUCCGAGGUGAUCACAAAGGAGCCAGCGCAGUGCACACGUCACUGAUUUCACUCUGGAGGAAAGUCCGACUGGUUUUAGCUAUAGAGUUAUUUCUUUAGGAAUGUGUCAUUAAAGCGGUGUUUCAUAUAUAUUUUUGUACAUGUUAUGCAUCACGUGCGGUCACGCUGUUGCCGGGUAGAGAUUUAGAGAGAUUUAUUCUGCAGAUCACAUUCAUCCAGAUGACGAUGAACGCUGAUCUGUUUUUAUUUUACAUGACAUGUGUUUGUUGUUUAUUGAAGAUGACGGUUCAGGGUUUCAAUGGGAUGGUGGGAGAAAAGAUCCCAUUCAUGCUUCCUUUCUUUGUCGGAUCCAUCGCAUCAUUUCAAAAUGCUGACUCGCUAUAUUAUAUCUAUGGGCACUUAUUUUUGCCGGAAGUAAAUCUGUGCUUAUUUUAGCAUUUCAAUUGUGUUUUCUUGCACGGAAGUUGCAGCUCCAGAUGUCAAAGUAUUCAAUAUUAAAGCUUUAAAUUCACUUAAUUUUGCAAAGACAGUUUCACUAUUCUGCUCACGAGGAAAUGUCUGUGUUUUUAAAAAACGACUUUAUUUAAAAAGAGAACGGACAUUUCUUAAAACUGCUUUCAGCUUUGUGUUUAUUUUCCAGCGGCUCCAGGAUUCACAUGAUCUGUAAAUGCAUUUAGAGUUAUAAGGUUUAUUUCAGAGCCGUUUGUGUCCUUUCAAUGCAAAAACAAUUCAGUGCCCGUUGUUUAAUCCGACAGAUAUUUAGAGUUAGUUGCACGAUAAAUACUUAGCUCAGAAAGAUCAAAGUUCUGCUCUGUUCAAUUGGCUGAAAUCUGAAUCUGACACCGUCUCUAAUUGAGUGAAUCUGAGCUGCAACUUCUAGUCAGUAAAAUAAAAAAGGUGUAAUAAUAAUAAAGUAUAAAUCAGUCUGUGAAUGUACUUUUGAUAAAGCACACUUGGCUCAUUUAGACGGUGUGCAAUGUGUUGAUGAAAUGAGAUGCUGAACAUUAAGCGUCAUAAUGAAAUAUGGUGUUUGCACUUUGAUCACUGUGUUCUGGUACUAUAGCAAAAUAAAUCGCACAGAUUCAUGUCGGUACGGUUUGAUCAUUCGAGGUAUUUUCUCCCAUAUCGUUCAGUCUGUUGUAUCCAUGAAGAAAUAAUAAAGAAUAACAACGACGAAAAAAA